UUGACACACUCACACACUAAACAGCAGCCACCCAGCAGCCGAGCGAGCCGAGCGAGCGCUGCUUGCCUGCCUGCCUGCCUGGCCGGGAAUUGGACUGAACGCUGGAAGAACCGACGAGAGGGAAUCCGACAUCUGGCCGCACAUCAUGAUUUUAGCACGUCGAUGUGCCUAGGUGGGCAAAGGAACACACUCGCAUCACGGAGAAGGCGGAAAUAAAUGUUAUGAGGGAAGAAUGGAGUUCCCAGAUCAUAGCCGCCAGUUGCUGCAGUGUUUGAGUCAGCAGCGUCACCAAGGUUUCCUGUGUGACUGCACCGUUCUGGUCGGGGAGGCUCGCUUCAAGGCGCACAGAGCCGUGCUAGCUUCCUGCAGUAUGUACUUUCAUCUCUUCUACAGGGACCAGCUAGACAAAAGGGACGUUGUGCAUCUCAACAGUGACAUUGUGACAGCGCCGGCCUUCAGUCUGCUCCUUGAAUUUAUGUAUGAGGGCAAGUUGGAAUUCAGCACUCUUCCAGUGGAGGAUGUGCUGGCUGCAGCAAGCUACCUGCACAUGUACGACAUCGUCAAAGUGUGUAAAGGCAAACUGAAAGAUAAGGAGCGCUCCUCGCUUGACAAGAAGAUGGGUGAGGCUUUCGGACUCAGCUGUCUGGAGCGGGACAAUUCCUCGGACGGUGAACUGCACAGUGACAAGCAGCUCGGAAGGAGACAGUCCCGGGGGCUCCCGGGGGCCCCCUCCCCGACGGAACAGUGUGACACGAACAACAGUGAAGCGGGCCUCGCUGUCAGCGACUGUGAAAGGUCUGUGCAGAACAGACAGAAGGCAAACGGUCACUCCGGCAGGUCCCCACACCUUGUAGGUGUCAAUUAUGUGUCAGCAGAGGCCGAGCCUUGCGUCCAAACAGCUGGAAAAACAAAAGCUGAUGUCAGUAGUUCCACCGUAUCACUGUCCCAGAGGUCCCGGGCUUCGGAUGACAUGGACUGCGCUCUGGAUUUGUCUUUCAAGCCUCUGUCUAGCAGAGAUCCCUUACAGGCCUCCUACAUCUCGGGACAGCUGGCCCUCGACAGCCAGCAGCAGGGCACUGAGCCACUUGUUAAAGAUGAACACGACUUGCUGUCAGAGCAGGAGGACAGUGAGCCCAUGAGCCCUGAGAGCCAGCGCUUUGGGAAUAGUGCCAGGAGCUCAGUGGUGACAGGGUUCGCUGCCCUCUUCCCAGGCAACAACGGCUCUACCGUCGCCCUCCUCUCCCAAGAGGAAGACCUGAUGGACGAGGAGGGGGAGGCCUACGGGGGAAGGGAGGGCGCCCCCGGCAGGGAGGUGGCGGCAGUGGCGGAGGAGAGGAGGGCUCGGCUGCUUGGGGACAGCGAGGAGGAGGAGGAAGAUGACUUGGCCUCUUCGGACAUCUCCACCUCCAGCGGGGUGCUCCUUCCCGCAGGGCAACAGGCGUGCGUGUGCCCCCUUUGCAGCAAAAUCUUCCCAAGCCCGCAUGUCCUGCAGCUGCACCUCAGCUCGCACUUCCGCGAGAAGGACGGCGCUCGCUCCAAGUUGUCCCCCGACGGCUCGGUGCCCACUUGUAUGCAGUGCAACAAGACCUUUUCCUGCAUGUACACCCUAAAGCGGCACGAACGCACACACUCAGGCGAGAAGCCGUACACCUGCGGCCAGUGCGGCAAGAGCUUCCAGUACUCGCACAACUUGAGUCGGCACGCGGUGGUCCACACGCGGGAGAAGCCACACGCAUGUAAAUGGUGUGAGCGCCGCUUCACCCAAUCCGGGGACCUGUAUCGCCAUAUCAGGAAGUUUCACUGUGGCCUUGUUAAAACGCUUGCCAUCGGAUAAAACACGUUACGUGUGCCAUCACGAGCCCAGUGUCUUUUCACACAUUGGUAUUCACACACUGGUAGUUUGGAUUCUACCCGACGUGGCAUUUUCUCGACAUAGCAACUUUAAGAAAAACUGUCCCAGCUUGGUGAACAGCAUCAGUGUGGAAGCUGAACAAAGUAGAUGCACUUGUUUGUUUGUCUUGUUUGUCUCUGCGUUGACUUUAUUUGAGGAACUGAAACGCAUCCUGGGGGCACAAUACAGGAUGCUAACAUUUGUUUAUACAAUCGACUCUUUGUGCACAUGGGAGCUCAGAACCGUCCGUUUUCCUACUUUAAUACUAUUAUUGAUAUUAUUUAUUUGGGUGUUUGUAUUGUAACAAGUUCAAUAUUACGAGGCAGCAAAACUAAUGAAGUUAGACUACUGGAAUAUUUUUUCCAUGGAAGUUUUUAAAGGUCAACUUUCAAGGAUAUGUGAUAAAAACAUUAUGUACAUUAUUGUAUUUUGCCUUAGAAUCACCUGUCCUUUUUUUUUUUUUAAUCAACAAAUGUGAAAUAAUUGAAGAAAUAAUUGCUACUUAAAAAUGUAUAUUCAAAGGAGUGACACAAAGCGAGAGUUCAUGCUUAUAACACUUGUGCCUCUUUACACUUCACUUUAGUGUACUUCUUGAAGAGUGAUCUAUCACCAUGCCUUUUGUCAAAUCCACUCACACAUACCAGAGGAUAACAAAGGUAAUAGGCAGCACUGGAAUUCUAAUUGAUCCAUGAGUGCCCUUACAAGUAUGUGACCCAGCUAUGUAAAUGACGCUCUCAUCAUGAAGUUAUUGAUUGUCGAAGAAGACAAACGGUAGACCAGUGUGUUAUUUCCUGGUAUUGCAGCAGAAUAAACAAAACAGUUCUUAGACACUGUUAGGGGCAAAGGAGGAAUUUCGGGGACGGAAUGAGACAGGUGGAUCAUCACAGCUGUGCCAUUCAUAUAUAUAUAUAUAUAUAUAUAUAUAUAUAUAUAUAUAUAUAUAUAUUAAAGCUACUGACUUUCUUUUGAAUUUCGCAUUCUCAUGCUCACCAUAGCUUCUUACUGUUUGUGUUACUACUGAUGAUGAUGAUGAAGCCUUUAGCGAUUUAAAAAAAAAAAAAAAAAAAAAAGUUUGUAGGCAUGAAGGAGUUGAACUUAUUGCUCGAAUGGCUUCUUUUUGUCUAAUCUGUCCUGAGAAGACUUGAUCUGAAUUUAUUUAUUAGCUUGGUUCAGGGUUUACUGGAGGUGUAUAUCGAUUAGCUCAAAAGUUGGUACUCAUUAUCUGGUAUUGGGGCUAUCUUUUUAUUUCUUUGUGAAAAUCAAUUUACUGUAAUUGUGUUUUAAUAGAGAAAUGUCAGUCACACGGAACCUAGAGAAGCACUUGUUUUUAGCAUGCAUAGUUUCAACACUAUUUCCUAGGCUGCUGUUUCAAUUUGUAUAUUUAAUGUAAAUAUAUAUUCUAUUUAUGUGUUUUAAUACCCGUGCGGUAGAGGGAGUCAGGUGUUUUAUAAAGGUUGCAGCGUCUUCCGGGUGUGGGGUCGACAGUUAAGUCGACUGCAAGUCGGAUUCAGAGGAGUUUCAUUUAGCUCUGCUGUUCUGCCACAGGAAAUAGUUUUUCCACAAGCACAGCCGUAGUGAGUUGGCAUUGGCCACCUAUAGACAUGGGACAAUAACGAGCAUUGUCUAUACACCCCCAACCCCCACUUCCACACACAAGUCCCAGGUAGUUCUCAAGAGAUCAUUGUGUAUCUCCGUCUGAGCUGCGAGGGGGGAAAAGGCAAGUGCGCAUUUCUCUUAGUGCUUUGCUGUAUUGAAUGGAGGCAUUGGAAUGUGAGAAAUUUAUUUAGGCGAAGGGAAACCAAGGAGACUGUAAACAGGUGUAUUGUUUGGAGGCAUCAAAGUCCUGCCCCCCGCCCCAACCCUCCCACCGCACAGCAUGCAGUUAGAUAAAUGCUUCAUUGUUCUACUGAGAGGAGAGACCGUUGCCAUUUGAUUGCACACCAACAAAGAGAUUAUCUGAAUUAUCAUUGCAUCCCAUGUCCCCAAUAAACAUCUAGAAUACAGGUUCUCAAUCGGUUGCACCUUUGGACCCACGUAUGCCACUUUUCUAACAUGUAAUAACUAAAAUGAAAUGUCGAAGUUCCACAAAAUAAGACUACAAAAUGUUUCACUUAUUUCGUUGCCUGACAAAAUAUAAAGCCUGGCAUUGGAUGUACAUUAAAUAUUAGCAAAAAUGAAUGUCCUUUUUGUCUUGCUGUUUGCAACCCAAUGUUGGGUCCUGACCCACCAGUUGAGUAUCGCUGAUCUAGAUGUAUUGAACCUGAACACUAACAUAUUCUAUCACAUUAUUUCAGGACUUCACCUGUGAUUUUUCACUAUAUUUUAAUGGUUUGGUAGCAGAAUUAUUCUCAAGCAUCAUUGGCAACAACACAUCUUACACUCCCUCAGUUUAACCACUUUAGUGAGCACACCUAAUUCCAUGUACAUGGUUCUUGUGUAGUGUUAAUAAUGUACUGUAUACAGGCAGGAACAUGCUGCAGGCUUGGUCAGAUGUUUUCUGAUAUUUGAAUGUACAUGUGUAUAAAAGCAGAAAAAAAAACAACUAACAAUGUAAAGAUUAGCAUUUCUUUUGUAGCUGUUAUUUAAAGCUCCAGGAUGUUCACCGACCGUGCCUUGUCGACACACAAAUAGGUGUUGCAUCUGGAGGAGCCUCUGUUUGUACUUUGCGCACUCGCUCGUGUUCACAGAACAGAAAAACCCGAAACAAAACACGAUUGUUUUCACAUUGUGUAAAAUUCAUUUACUUUUUGCUGCUUUGUGUGAGGCUCCAGGGAUGUCAAUUUAUUGUGUGAAUAAAUGUUUGGAGGUGUUAAACUGAGGACAAGCAUUUGUAUGUGUGCGUGCCUGCGUGUGUGUGUGUGUGUGUGUGUGUGUGUGUGUGAGAGAGAGCGUUUUGGGUUCCAGUAGUUCGUUGGGUCAUGUCACUGAUGGAUGUGAACUGCAGAGAUUCUCAUUGUUCUGUUUUCAUGGAAACAAAAGGCUAUGUUUUCCUAAAUCAUGCUGUAUGAUUUUGAGGUCAGACAAUGACCAUUAUACAACACUGGAAUGUCAUCCUCUGUUGCAGGUUCCAUCUGUGAAAUUCUGUAAGAUCACAAGAAAUAUUUAUUACUGUAUUUGCUUCUCUUGCAGCCUCUGACUUUUAAUUUGGUGACAAUAUCUAAAUGUCAAAACGACACCUUUUAAAUAGAAACUGUAGAAGUGCCAUUAGAAUUUAAUAUACAUUUGUUUUUAAAUAAGAACAAUAUAUUUCAUAUCAAUUGCUUCAGUGUUAGUGGAGUAGAGAUUAGAGGACAAUCUGAUUAGAUACUGAGGCAAUUUACUGUGCAUUUUACUGGUUUGCGCCUUUUGUGUGUGCGUGUGUUUGUGGAGGUGUGUUUGUGCUGUGGAAAUGUGACAAUCUGGAUUUAGGACUUUAUAAGAUUAUGCAUAGAAUUAAAUGGAACAACUUUC